GUUAUUCCGCAAAAAAGCUACUGUUUGUUUAUUAUAGCAUGGACCGUAUCUAUAUACGGCCCAUGAUUAUAGUUUCGUGAUGUUGUAAUUUUUCAACAUGGUCCGGUCUUGCUGCGCAGAGAAUUGUGUAAAUCGUGACAGCCCAGAAAAUAAGAAAAAGGGAAUAACUUUCCAUUGUAUUCCAAAAGCACCAGAGAGACGACUGAAGUGGCUGCUAGCCAUCAACAGAAGAGACCCAACUACUAAUAAAUUAUGGGAACCAAAAAAUAGCUAUGUAGCAUUGUGCUCAGAACAUUUUAAAUCAGAAGAAUUUUUUUUUUCAAGACAUGCUGCAUAUAAGCAUCUUGAUCCCAACAGCGUACCAUCAAUAUUUUUUUCAAACAAGAAGCCGAAACGAAAGAAAAAAGAUUCACACACCAGUACUCAAAGAGUUUCACAGGAUGAUGUAAUCGCACUAACCAGAACAACGCCAACCAAGACCCAGAGUAUAAAAUCUGAUCAUACCUAUACUGAUACAGCUCUGACCAAGUAUCAGAGUUCGAUAUCUGACAAUUCUGGUACAACUCUGAACGAUAAUCAAAGUACAAAAUCCAACCACACUGGUGCAAAUCCGAACAAGGCUCUGAUUUCGAAAUCGGAUCAUAUUAGUACAGCUCUUGCCCAGUAUCACAAGAAUCAGAGUACAAAAGCUGACCAUACUAGUGCCAGUCCAACCAAGGGUCAGAAUACAAAAGCUGACCAUUCAUAUACUAAUACAACUCCGACGAAGACUCCGAGUACAAUAUCCAAUUAUGUAAGUACACCUCCAACCGUAGAUCAGAGUACAAAAUGCGACCAUUCAUAUACAAGUAAAAAUCUGACUGAAAAUCAGAGUACAAAAUCUGAUCAUAGUAAAAAUUUAAAGGAUAAUCAGAGUACAAAAGCUGACAAUUGUAUUACAACUACGACGGAUAAUCAGAUUUUUAACUCUGACCAUACAGAUGCAACUCUGACUGAUAGUGCAAAUUCGGACAAUACUUGUGUGACUCUGAAGGAUAAUCAGAGUUUAAAUUCUGACCAUACUAGUGUACCUCAGACUGAUGAUCAGAGUACAAACUCUGACCGUACCUGUGCAACUCUGACUAAUAAUCAGAGUACAAACUCUGACCUUACCGGAACAGCUCUGACUAAUUAUCAGAGUACAAAAUCCUACCGUAACAUUGCAACUCAGACCAAGGAUCCGAACCCGAAAGCUGACCAUUCCUAUACUUGUAGUAUGCAUGAAUUUAAAACAAAAUAUCAAGAUAUGAGAAGACAAUUGGAGGAGACAAAACAAGAACUGUCCAACGCCAAUAGGCGUGAAAAAAGGGCCAAAGUAGCAAUAGGGAGAAUUCUAAGUCAACUAAUCAUCCCGGUACAUCGAAAAAAGAAAUUUGUCAAAAAAUGAUUGACCUUUAUAAUGGUCAUUUUUGUUUUGAAAAUAUAUGCAAGUUAGUUUAUGUGACAGGUAGCUCGCGUUGAGAAUUGAAGCCAUGACCAGAGACAUAAAAUCGAUACAUGUAUACCGAUGGAGCAUAAGGGAAUUCCCCAUGACCAAACCAGUAGAAAUUUUGCGUCAAGGUUUAUGAUCUAGAGUCUAAAGUUGUCAUCUGAUUUGAAAAAUAAUAUGGACACUCUAGAGGCUAAAGUGAUCAUCCGAUUGAUUUGAAAUCAAUGUUUGCGUCUUUCCUCGGAGUGCAUGAUUAAAAGUGAUUGAGGUUCGUGAAGCGUGAUACAGGUUAAUGGGUUGAUAUCUGUCAGUAAAAAUCCAAUCUGAUAAAAGAUGUCAUGGAUGUCAUGAUACUGUAGAUAUAAAUCAUUUAAAUAAAAGAUAAGUAACUACAUUAGAGAGGUUUCGCAACUUUACACUUACAUUUACGUUUAGACCGUUAAACGUCAUCAGUUUUUGUGACGUAUGAAGUGAACGGCCUGUCAACAGUGUGACUUAUGGAAAGCAGCCUCCAUAACUGUAAGUUCACAACACUUAGCCAAACCUUAUAUAAUCUUUGAAUGGCAUUUAGCUAUUGAACAUAAUAUAACACAACACAGUUCUAUGGAUAACAAUCACUAUAUUAUAUACACACAACGUUUCAACAAGAUUU